UCUUCUUUGUAAUAUUCUCCUUUUAUAAUUGCAAUUCUAUGGCUUUAAACACAACAUCUUUACCAAAAUUUCAAGCAAUUUUGAUCUUUGGUGAUUCUAUAUUGGACACCGGUAACAAUAACUAUAUCAAAACAAUAUUCCAGGCUAACUAUCGCCCUUACGGUCGUGAUCUCAACGAUGGUGUUCCUACAGGAAGAUUUUGUAAUGGAAAGCUUAUUCCUGACAUGCUCGCUUCUGCUCUUAGAAUUAAGGACACUGUCCCUCCAUACUUGGAUCCUAAUCUCACUGAUAAUGAUCUUAUUACAGGUGUUAAUUUUGCAUCGGCUAGUGCCGGAUUCGAUGAAAGAACAUCUCUAUUCACCAGGUCUAUUCCCAUUCCAAAGCAAAUAGAAUAUUUCAAGGAAUAUAUAACAAGACUUGAAGGAAUUGUUGGAAAAGAAAAGGCGAUGCAUAUUAUAAGUGGUGCUCUGAUAAUUAUGGAUGGUGGAACAAAUGAUUUUCUUUUUAAUAUAUAUGAUAUUCCCAUGAGAAGAUUGCAAUUUACCGCAAGGCAGUACAUCGAUUUUAUUCUAUUUAAAGUAGAAAAUUCUAUCAAGGAAUUGUAUGAUCUUGGGGUGCGAUCUCUAAUAGUAGCAGGGCUUGUUCCAAUUGGCUUCGCACCCGUUCAAAGACUUGCAAGAUAUGUUGAUCCAUUUAUGCUAAAAUAUAGUUCGGAUGAGCAGAACAAACAUUCUGUAAUUUACAAUGAAAAGCUCGUCAAUCUAUUAAUAAAAUUGCAGCAAUCUCAUCCAGCAUCAAAAAUUGUGUAUGCUGAUAUAAAUUUGGAAAUAGUGGACAUGUUCACUAAUCCUCAAAAAUACGGUUUUGAAGAAAUAAUGAAUGCGUGCUGCAACACUCUCACUUACAAACCACGUGUUUCAUGCGAUCCUGAAACUCCGCCGUGUGAAGACCCUUCAAAAUAUUUAUUUUGGGAUAGAAUUCAUCCCACUUCAACGGCUUAUGAAUACCUUGCCAAUUCUAUGAUACACAAUGUUCUUCCCAAAUUUCUCCAUUAG